CAGCAGCAGCGACACCACAACAAUAGAAAGUGAAAGUGAAAGUCGAGUUGGAACAUAUUUUGGCGGAGCUCGUGUUCUUGUUAAGAAAACACAAUAAUCGAUCAAUUAAACUGGAAAACGUCGGACAGGAUGGACAGGCGUUCAGGAGAUCCCGUUCAUUGCAGUAAAACGAACAAGAAAAGACACAUCCAGAGAAUAAGGAGUCCCUCCCGGUACACCCACCUCUAUCGACCAAGGUUUGAGGGAAAAUAUUUUCGUUCUCGCUUCAGGUUUUUCAGGACUAUGGAGGAGCGUUUUUUACAACGUCCAAAUUUUGCAAUGAGGUACCAGAGGCAUCAUAGAGGUCCGUGGAGCAGCCUACAGCUGAGCCGUCGGCCCAGAGCCUCUCCUCCUCCCAGACAGCGGCUCAAUAAAGGCCUGGACAAGAGUUCCUUCACAGCACUUAGACAACACACCAAACCCGGCACCACAGACAUUCCCUGGCCAUCCUCUGGAGACAGACCAUCACUGCCAUUCACAGUGUCACAGAAGGCCAGCAAGAGCAAUGCAGCGCGAAACAGAGCCAUACAGAAGAAGCAAGAGCAGAUAGAGGAGGUGUAUCGGCAGGACUGUGACACGUUUGGCAUGGUUGUGAAGAUGUUGGUGACCAAGGAUCCGUCCUUGGAGAAGUUAAUCCAGCUGUCUCUGCACGAGAACCUGAGGGACAUCGGCAUGCGCUGCGUCAAGGCCAUGGAGCAGUUCAUCCAUGAGUAUGAUUCCCAAGAGAUACACACUCCAUCCAUCAAGUGAAGACUGCAAACUCACGGCUGAAUGCAGAUGCUUAUGUACCAACUUCUUAUUCACGCAAUCCAUUCAACUUUAAAAAUGUGCUUCAUCUCUAUCAGCAUUUCUUUAAAUGAGUUGUAGCACUGACCCUAAUGCUAAAAAGCUGCCACGAUGUUGACCCAGUUAAUAUACAGAGCAUUGACAAUAAAAUGAUUUUUUAGCUUUGUAUUUAUUCUGUUGAUAAUCAGAGGAUGUGCCAGUAAUCUGUAAUUCCACACAACCAGUGAGAAAAGUCCAAUUUUUAAAGGUCAUUACAGAGAUUACAAAAUGUUUGUGAACCAUUAAAUUAUUAAAGAUAUAUUUAAAUAUGAAUAUUUAAAUCACAUUUGCAUUGAUGUAUGCCUGCCUGUAUAUUGUUUGCAGACUGUAACUAUAGGUACCAUAUUGACGGAGUAAAGAAUAAUGAAUUUAGUUGUACAUAAAGCUUAAUGCUUAGUGAAAUGUUAGUUUGCUUGCUGUUGUGUCUGUCUACAUGUAUUACAAAUAAAAAUUGUCUUCCACUAA